UGAACAGCGACUCACAGCCAUGCAGCUCUCAUCCGAUGCGGAUGCCGCUCGGCACACGCUGCCCUACUCGGUUACUAUGGCACCAUUUAUGUGAUUUCUUCUUUUUUUUUUCUUUUAGCCCUGAUGACAUUGUUUCAUCAGCUCAUGUCGGAUGUUUACCUCGGGGUGUUUCCAGCUCGUCGUCUCCCUCGCUUUGAUCGCGGAGAGCCCGCGCCCGUGUCGUCCAACUCCACAGGAGGAAGCUGUUUUUCACCAUCACAGAUGCUCGGACUCGCGGGUUCCGUCCGUUCCACCUGGUUCCCCUCCCGUCGAGUCGACUAGGCAUGACGGACCGUGACACCGCAGCCCGGGCCACAGGCAGCAGCGUCUCAUGUGCAGUGCCGUCUCCACGAGCCUCGCCGCCCGGCCGCCGGGUCCCCCUGCCAGCGCCCCGGUGUCCCCCGGUCCCCCGACGCCUCUUGUGACAUGACAGCUCGCGGCAGGAAGAGGCGGAUCAAAGGUUACGGGCAGGGGAUCGAGAAGAAGGAGAGCGGACGGAUCGGAUGCCUGGGGAGUGGGACACAGUGUCAAACAUUUGUAUGAUACCGUAUUAAUCCCUGCAGGACAUUUGUCCAGAGAGGUCAGAGCGCAGGGUCAGCCCCAGAGCAGGGACACGGGAGGUGCUGGAUGUGCCCACACAUCAGCAGGGCGGGUACAAGCGAACACAGAGGGGUUGAAUCUGGCUCCCAUUCUCACUGGACCCAUCAGUCCUCCCUCCUCCUCCUGUGAUCCCACUGGAGCUUUAUUGUGAUUCUGUUUCGGGGCCUAUUGUGUGGUAGCACCCACCUUUGCCUCAUACAGUGUCAUCUGAUGCACAGCCUCAUCGUGUUGAUAUUGCUCGAGUCCCAGUCAGCCGUGCGCUUCCCUGUCCCCGUCAGGCUCACCUGGCUGCUCCUCACCAUCACCUUCACCUGCACAGACAUGGGCUGCAUCCAGAGCAUAGCCUGCAACAAGUCACGCAUCAAGCGGGAGAACAUCGUGGUGUACGACCUGUCCGCCACCAUAGACCACUGUCCCACUGUCAUCGAGGAGAACUCGCCGAUAGUGCUGCGGUACAAGACGCCCUACUUCAAGGCCUCAGCGCGGAUCGUGAUGCCCCCCAUUCCGCGCAACGAGACCUGGGUGGUGGGUUGGAUCCAGGCGUGCACCCAGAUGGAGUUCUACAACACCUAUGGAGACGUUGGCAUGUCGAGCUGGGAGCUGCCUCAGCUGCGAGAGGGUCUGGUCAGGGCCAUCAGCGACUCCGAUGGCGUGAGCUACCCCUGGUACGGAAAUACAACAGAGACCGUCACCAUAGUGGGCCCCACCUCCAAGCCGUCCCGCUUCAUUGUCAGCAUGAAUGACAAUUUCUACCCGAGUGUCACCUGGGCUGUGCCGGUCAGUGAAUCCAACACACCCUUACUGACAAACAUCAAAAGAGACCAGAGCUUCACCACCUGGCUGGUGGCGCUCAACACCACGUCCAGGGAAAAGAUCCUGCUCCACACCAUCAAGUGGAGGAUGAGGGUCGAUAUCGCGGUGGACCCAUCCCUGCCGCUGGGCUCCAGGGCCAGACUGGUGGGCCGGGUCCAUCAGGAUCAGCCUCGGGUGCUGACCCGCAUGGAGCCCAUCCCUCCCAACGCCAUGGGGAGGCCCAAUGCCAACGACGCCCAGGUUCUGAUGUGGAGGCCCAGGAGAGGGCCUCCGCUUGUCGUCAUACCGCCCAAAUAGUGUUGAGAGCGUCUGAUUGGCUGUUUGUCGUAUCAUGUCCCAGUGGGCCACAGUGAAACAGCUAGAGAUAAUCAGAUGCACAGAUAAAAGAACCAGACAAAUGAAGAUCUAUGAGCAGUUUGCGACUUGUGUGAACCGUCGACGGCACAAAUGAGAGUUGCAUUCCUCUGAGUGUUAAAUCUUGAGGGGACAACUGCCUUAAUUCCCCACCGCUGCCUUUGACGAUCCAGAAAACAUGUCGGCCUCUACUUCAGGUGCUGUUGAGCUGUUGGGCGUUCAGGCGUUUACUGCAGCCCCAGCACAACUGAGCGAAGCAUUGUGUAACUCUGAGAAUCCGCCACCUGUGCUGGGAUGUAACACAAACCUGUACUGUAGCAACUCUGGCCCAGAAAGAAACAAUCAAGCCCAAAGCAGGUGGUGUUUAAAAAAAAAAAAAAAAAAAGGUUCUUUGGCCUUAAUGACGACAUAAUGCUGGUCUGAUCUGUGCUGCAAUGUAAAGUGCUGUGUAAGAGAGGAACCAAGUUAAAGGUGUUUAUUUGUAACCAGGGUCCACGGAGGACAGCACUGCUGUGGGGUUAUAACAGACAUAGAUUACCGAUCAACUGGAAUGAUACUGGGUGAUUUACUUUCAGGCAUGAUGCGAGUGUGGGUGUGCAGCCGUGUGUGUGUGUGUGUGUGUGUGUGUGUGUGGUUGUGUGUUUUUUCUAUAAUGGAGCCCCAGGGUCAGGUCCAGGCUUGCUGCUUUGUCACACCAGACUGCCUCACACACUCACGAGGGGGUGGUUAUGUUUAAAUGAUUUCAAAAACAGAUUGUCAACAUACGGCACAUGCAACCUCAGAGCUAUUUUGCUUUUCACAUCAUGGAAAAUGUAGAAAUCACCCCUUGGAUUUUGUGAAACAAACACACAGUCAUAACUGAAGCCCUGCAGCAGGAUGCUUUGUUUUAGUUUUUUUCCCCAAUCGCAAAUGGCCAGUUCAUCCACGCUGCAGAGCUCAUCCUCCCUGCCUUCUGAAAGCCAGUGAUGCCUGUGUUGACGACAGCAGAAACCAGAUUUCACUUUCCCCAUGGCCCAUCCAAUCAGAUUUGUGAGGUUACCUUAUUUCAAAUGUCAAAAUGAAUAUUCAAUGUCUGUUUUUGUUGUUGGAAGAACAGAGAUUGUGCUGAAAGAGAACUGUAAUUACACUUAAAGGAUUGCUUCGCCAAUAAUCACAAAAAUACAGUCUCUCGGUUAACUCUGCCCUUUAUCUGGCCAUGCAGAUUUCUGGGAUUUAAGAAUAAAACCCCACACUGCUCAUCCAUUAUCAGGCUUGGCUGGGGGGCUGGAGCUUAAAGAAAUCAAACUGUAUGAGAGAAGCAUUCAAACACUCAAAUCUGUGCAAAUGUCUUUUUAAAAAUUCUCCCAAUCGCAAAGGGCCGGUUCAUCCAAGCUGCAGAAACUCUCCACUGGACGUUUUGAAAACCAGUGAUCGCCUGUGUUGAUGAAGGUUGAAACCAGAUUUCACGUUUUUCAUUCAAUUUGUAAAAAAAAAUUAAAAUACUGAAUCUUUC